CAAACCUGUGACACAGAGAGGAAACGUUUGGUCCGCUUCAGUGUUGGCAGAGGGGGUAGUUCAGCCUCUAUUUCCAGUCCCCUCAUCAGAGGUUCCUUGGAAAUGGACGUGGCUGAUCUGAGAUAACAGAGCAGUGUUUUAUCUAUUCAUCUGACUUAUGACUUGGGAAGGCAGACAUCUGAAAGCGCACAGGAGGAACCGUUCUCUCUAAUUUAAGGGGAACCUUGUUUGAGCUUGACAGGCUGCUCAGACCCACUCUCAAGCAAGGACGUUUUCUGGUUUAUUCAGCAUAUUCACAGUUGAGGUUGAUUAGAGUUUGCCUUUAUCCCUCAGUGUCUCAGAAUACAUUCCAGCCAGUGGUUUGGGUUUAUUUUACUCUACGGCUGUGCUACUUCUUAAUUUUUUUUUUUUUUUUUUUUUUUUUUUUUUUACUGUUCUACAUUGCCUGUCUUUUGUUCAUCGUCAGCCAUGUACAGCAGUAGCUACUCCCAGGUCUCCAAGUACAACCCGGGGGGCAGCAAGAAGAUGCAGCACCGCUCAAAGGGCAAGAGCUGUGGCUACUACAUGCGAGUUGUCUUUUUCUUUUCUUCACUGAUUCAGUCCCUGAUCAUAAUCAGCCUUGUGCUCUUCCUGGUCUACGGCAAAAAGCAGGACUCAGCGUCCACUGCACGGAUUCAGGACUUGGAGGAGAGCUUCAGCCGGCUCUCCAUAGAGAACGUCGACCUCAGGCAGCAGAGGAAGAACCUCACCAACUUGCUCAACGUCACCCUAAUGGAGAAGGCCCGAAACGACUGGGACCUGGCCCAGAUGCGUUCUACUGCCAACAUCUCAAUUUUCAUUAUCACUGAUCUCGGCAUGAAACUGAAUCAGUGCAAUGAGAGGGCCAAGUUCUUAAUGCCAACUACUUUUGGGGGACCUCCAUGCAAACCAGCAAUUCCAAUCUUCCCAAGCAACUGCAACUGUGGCCUUCAGGAUGAGCAGCUGAAAGCCAUGCUUGAACUCAUGCGGGCCAACUUCACCCACACAACUCAGAUGAUGAGGAUAGAAAUGGAUCAGGUUUACAGAGAGCGUGACAAUAUUAACCUGGACGCCAUCCGCCUGAGAAGAGAAAAAUCCACACUUGAGAAGGAGAUGGCUGCCUACAGAGUGAAGUGCAAAGAAGACUUUGCCCUUUCCUUGAGCGGUAUCUCCGAUGUCUCCAAGGCCUUCCUGGAGAAGAUCGAGUCCCUCUUCCCCAGGCACAUCGCCUUCCAGCUAACUUGUGAGAAACAGAAGGAUAACCUAGAGCAGAUCCGCAGCAAUUGCACCAGCCUGUCUCGAGAGGUAGAAGACAAGUUCCAGCGUUACCUGGACAGCGUGGGAGCUCAGGUGUCAACGAUCCAAUCUGAGAGCAGCCGCUUGAAAGCAGAGAACUGGCGACUGACCGAAGACUACCGCUGGUGCAGCCAGAACCGCACGGGCCUGAUCCAGGAGCACAGACAGAACACACAGAACAUCCAGCUGAAAUGUGAUAAGGAUAAGGAGAAACUUCUGGUGGAGAAGAGACGGCUAAGUGGAGAUCAAGAAGUGCUGAACCGCAACAUCAACGUGAAAGAUAAAGAGAUCAUCCACCUGAAAGAACACAUUAAGCUGCUCAACAUGACUUGUGCUUCCAAGACAGGGCCUGGGGCUACUCCUGGAAGGUUCCCCUUCCCAAACACACUGGGUCAGCCCAACUCACCAGUGAACAAGUUUAAUCCUGUGGGGUCCGGCUCACCUAGCUCUUCUGCUACGAAUUCGUUUAGUCGGCCAGCAUCAAGUCCGAGCUUAACCAGUUAUGGCUCGAACAAACCAGCAGUGGGCACCUCAAGCAUAGGGUCAAACACUGGGUCAACUGGAUUAGGUUCAAGCUCAGGGCAGGGAUCUAGUAAGCCAGGUUCAAACACAGUUAGCUCAUCAAGCUAUGGGUCAAACAGAUUAGGUUCUUCAAGUACGAGUGGAGUGGGUUCAUCAAGUUCAUCAGCGUCGGUGUCCACAGGAACUGGAGUAGUGAAGAAGCCAGGCACAACUGGGGUGGGUUCAACCACAGGCAUAGGCAGUGGGACUAGUAACACAGGGCAAAGUAGUUCAGGCAUCCCACCCAAAACUGGGUCAAGCAGCAAUCCAUGGGGGACGUUGUUUGGGGCAGGCUCAAGCAGCAGUAAUACAGGACAAAGCAGGACAGGAACUACACCGGCGAGGGGAACAGCAACAGGUGGGACUAGCUAUAGUGGAACCGGAUCUUCAUACGGAACAGGAAGAACAACUGGAUCAGGGGUUGGCUCCAGCCCGGGCACAGUGAACAUAAACCAGCACCUUCAAGAUCUGCAACGGAUUGCCAAUCCUUCUAGUGCACAGGACAAGAACAAAAAAGAGCCCCCCAAAUUAUUUGGUUAGUCCAAAGGGGAUUGACUCAUCCUUCAAUUCCAUGUGUAAUGCAAAGCUAAAAGCAAGCUCCUCAUAUUGAGUUCAUAUAUAUCAAUUAAUGUACUAUAUGAUGUACACUUUUUUACCACAUUAUACUUGUAACCUGCCUUUAUAAAAGGAUUUCUCAUGAAUUUGAAUAACUUUUGCACUUUUGUUUAAUAAAAUGUGAAGUUCAAGUGUUCACUGAUGUUUCACUCAAAAAAAUCUACCAUUUACCACGAAUAAGCUCAGUGUUACACUGUAAAUACUAGAAAAAAAUAAAAGCCCUUUGUUCAAAUGUGAG